AUGGGAUUACUUGGAAAAUUGGUAGCCCAAAUAGAGUUCAAAGCUGGGGGAGAUGUAUUUCAUGAAUUAUUCACUCACAGACCGCACCAUGUCUCCACCACCGCUCCUGAGAAGGUUCAUGGCUGUGAUUUGCACCAAGGACAAUUUGGAAAAGAAGGCUCCAUCAUCUGCUGGAAGUACACUCAUGAUGGGAAACAAAGGGUUGCAAAGCAAGUGGUUGAAGCCAUAGAUGAGGAGAAAAAGUCAAUAACAUUCAAGAUGCUUGAAGGAGAUUUGAUGGAGAUCUACAAGAAUUUUAUCAUAAAAAUUCAUAUUGAAAACAAAGGGAACAUCGACUUGGUAACGUGGACUCUAGACUACGAGAUGCUUAACGAGGAUGUUCCACAUCCAAUUACACUGCUUGCCUUCUUCAUUGAUCUCACUAAGGAUAUCGAGAGUCAUCAUCUCGGGAAGCCUUGA